CCCGCGGGGCUGGGGACAGGCUGGGUGACUGUGGCAGGUGGCUCUGCCCCGGGAAGGGGAGGAGGCUGGCAGUGCUCCCAGCCCAGCCAGCAUCCCUCCCCGCCGGCAGCGAUGCUCAGUCCCGGCUCAGCCUGGCAGCAGUGCAGGCAGGGAGGGCACACGAGCCUGAGGAGGACAUGGGCGAGAACAACCGGACAGAGCCUUGGCACCAAAGCCUGCAGGCAGUGCUGAACGCCUUAAACCAGACGCUGCAUGGGGCCAUCCCCUGCCCCGGCCAGGCCCCGGCCGGCACGGCGGCGACCACGCACAGCGGCCACGCCGGCCGCAACGACAACGCCUACAUGUACAUUCUCUUCGUCAUGACGCUCUUCGCUGCCACCGUGGGCAGCCUCAUCCUGGGCUACACCCGCUCCCGCAAGGUGGACAAGCGCAGCGACCCCUACCACGUCUACAUCAAGAACAGGGUCUCCAUGAUCUGAGCCUGGCCCAAGCCUUGUCCCUGGGGAGCCGCUGGCCUCGGGGUCACCGUGCUGCACGCAUCCCGCUCGCUGUGGGAUGUGACAGUGCUGCUGGCCCCAAAGCUUCUGGGAACCCCCCAAAGCUUCUGGGAACCCCCCAAAGCUGCUGAGAACCUCCCAAAGCUGCUGGGAACCCCACCAUGGAGGAGCUCAGUCCUGGUGUGAGCAGCGCUGGGAUGUCCUGGCUGGCAGGAGCUGGGACAACAUGACCUGCAAGCAGGUCCUGGUCCUGCAGACCCACCUUGGCUCCACUGUGGGUAUGAGGAUGGCAGGGGCAGCUCCUUUCCCACCGUGGCCUGCAGGGGCUGACAGGAGCCUUCGAGGAGAAUAUUUCUCCAUUCCCUACUCAGAUCAGCCGGCGUUGACCUCCCUGGGCUCCCAGCAGCUGUGACAGUGGUUCAUGGGUUUUUUCUGGUGCUGAAACCCUGUAAUGUUUGAGCUGGGCUGGGCCCUGCUUUUCUGGUAUGGAAUUAAAGGAGGUGAUGGGUUCCA